UUGGGAGUUUAAAGCAUUGACAGCAGCCCUAGGCUCAAGUCUGUAUCCUUCUGUGCUGCGCGUGCUCCCUCUGUCUCACUCCAUCGCUCUCCCUCUUUCUUUACCUCUGUCUGUUUCUCUAGCCCUCUGACUUGUGGAAUCAGGAUCUAGUGGAGGUUGUUCCAUUACUGCACAGGACAGGCUCUAUCUCAAACUACAGGGGUAACACAACUUUCUCAGCUACAUUUCUCUUCUUAGUGAGCACACUCUAACCAGGCACUAUGGAGGCCAUCAAGAAGAAGAUGCAGAUGCUGAAGCUGGACAAGGAGAAUGCCAUUGAUCGUGCAGAGCAGGCUGAGACCGACAAGAAGGCAGCAGAGGACAAGUGCAAGCAGCUGGAAGACAAGCUGCUGAGCCUGCAGAAGAACCUGAAGGGGACUGAAGAUGAGCUGGACAAAUACUCUGAGGCCCUCAAAGACGCCCAGGAAAAACUGGAACAGUCUGAGAAAACUGCCGCAGACGCGGAGGGUGAUGUGGCGGGUCUGAACCGCAGGAUCCAGCUGGUGGAGGAGGAGUUGGACCGGGCCCAGGAGAGGCUGGCCACCGCGCUGCAGAAACUGGAGGAGGCCGAGAAGGCUGCGGACGAGAGCGAGAGAGGCAUGAAGGUGAUAGAGAACCGGGCCUCCAAGGACGAGGAGAAGAUGGAGAUGCAGGAGAUGCAGCUAAAGGAGGCCAAACACAUCGCUGAGGAGGCCGACCGCAAAUACGAGGAGGUGGCCCGUAAGCUGGUGAUCCUUGAGGGAGAACUGGAGAGAGCUGAGGAGAGGGCUGAGGUCUCAGAACUUAAAUGCAGUGAUCUGGAGGAGGAGUUGAAAAAUGUGACCAACAACCUCAAAUCCCUAGAAGCCUCAUCUGAGAAGUACUCAGAAAAAGAGGACAAGUAUGAGGAGGAGAUCAAGGUUCUUAGUGACAAGCUGAAGGAGGCUGAGACUCGUGCAGAAUUUGCAGAAAGGACAGUGGCCAAACUGGAAAAGUCCAUCGACGACCUGGAAGAAAAAUUAGCAUGUGCCAAAGAAGAAAACCUGGGAAUGCAUCAAGUCCUGGAUCAAACACUGCAAGAGCUCAACAGCUUAUAAAGAUGAUGAUGAUGAUGAUGAUGAGGAAGAUGGAGAGGAUAAAAGUCUUGCAACAUUCCAUAAAUAUUCUAUUUCAUUCCACAUUUUGAGCUGUGAAGUCUUUUUCCCAGCGAAAGGGGAUUAACUUAAAUACUUGUACACUUAAUAGUUCUCUCUUUUUAAGUCACAACUUUCUCUCUAAUGUCUCUGUUCAAGAGAAAUACAUACCAACCUUCCUCGAAUCCCCUGAUUCUUAUGUGUACAGCAUUUUGUUUUCUGGAACUUUGAGAUUAUAGACCAGCGUUAGAGAAAAUUGAUAACAGACCAAAUGGAUAAUCACACCAAUGAGUCAAGAAUAGAAAAACGACAACUCAUAUUUGAAAUGUGCACUCCAACAUCAUGUUUUUGAAAUAGGUUAUGUUAUAUGUAUGGCCUUCAUUUAUGUAUGAUUCAUGAGCUCCACCUAGAGUUCUUAUGCGAACAGUUGACAGGAAUCAGCUUUUACCAACUGACAUGGUCAUAUUUAGUGCAUGCACAAUGUAUGUGAACAUAUCCAUAGGUUGGACUGUGCCUUUUAAUAAUGAGCCAAUAUUCUAGCUUUGGUGUAUGUGUGUGUGUUAACAUGGUCAUUGAGACUAGAGGAAGACUCAUGGAAAGGAUGGUGAACAUGUCUGUGGUGCUACUGCUGGUGGUAAAACACUUUGACUGUCAGUCAGGUGGCGGGAUUGCCAAAGCCAAAAUAAACAUCAUACAAAUCUUUCAAAGAACUACAUCCCCUUCCGCUAUGGCCUGACAUGCCUGCCACUAUCCCAGCUCUGCAUUUGACUGCCUAGCCUAAGUGUAAAAUCAUAUUCCUGUUAUUAUAUUAUGGUGGUAGCAUAUUUAGUAAAACUGAAACCAAAACAGCACCCCUGGGUCCACAAUCAAGGUAAUAAAACAUGGAUACUUAUUGUACAUAGUAGAAUAAUGAUAGUUAUUGAGAUGUAUUGCUCCAGUUUUACACUACUUUCGGUCAGGGGAACUCUCGAAACCAAAGAAUACACAUACCAAGAGAAGAUGAACUGUCAAAAUGUUUUAUUGUUGUCUGUGAAGGUGAUCAAUCAUGGCUUCUCAUCCUUCAGCCUUGAAAAAAGCCUCAUAUUUUAAUGAGUCUGUGUUUAAAUGUUUCAUUCACUUUUCCCGCUUUCAGUUUAAUAAAUUUGUACACAACGA